CACCCAACUAAGGUCAUCCACACUCAAAUAGCACCCUCAACACACCACUGAUCUCUUCCUCACAUUGCUUGCUUUCAAGUUCUAAACAACUUUCUUUUCAGACCAAUGGCUGCUUCGACAAUGGCCCUCUCCUCUCCUUCUCUGGCUGGCCAAGCUAUCAAGCUUGCUCCCUCCUCAUCUGACCUCCUUGGUGAGGGCAGAGUAACGAUGAGAAAAACUGCUGGCAGGCCCAGGCCCGUCUCAUCUGGAAGCCCAUGGUAUGGCCCUGACCGUGUUAAGUACUUGGGCCCCUUCUCUGGCGAACCUCCAUCCUACCUUACAGGAGAAUUUCCUGGCGAUUAUGGUUGGGAUACUGCUGGACUCUCAGCUGACCCAGAGACAUUCGCUAAGAACCGUGAGCUCGAAGUGAUCCAUUCGCGAUGGGCCAUGCUUGGGGCUCUUGGUUGUGUUUUCCCCGAACUUUUGUCUCGCAAUGGAGUCAAGUUCGGUGAGGCUGUCUGGUUCAAGGCUGGAGCUCAAAUCUUUAGUGAAGGUGGGCUGGACUACUUGGGAAAUCCAAGCUUGGUCCAUGCUCAAAGCAUUCUAGCCAUUUGGGCCACACAAGUGAUCUUAAUGGGUGCAGUUGAAGGCUACCGUAUUGCUGGUGGGCCACUUGGUGAGGUGACAGACCCGAUAUACCCAGGUGGGAGCUUCGACCCAUUAGGCCUUGCUGAUGAUCCAGAGGCAUUCGCUGAGCUCAAGGUAAAGGAGCUCAAGAAUGGGAGACUGGCCAUGUUCUCCAUGUUUGGGUUCUUUGUCCAAGCCAUUGUGACUGGCAAGGGACCAUUGGAGAACCUGGCUGACCAUUUGGCUGAUCCUGUAAACAACAAUGCCUGGGCAUAUGCCACAAACUUUGUCCCUGGAAAGUGAGGGAAGCAGUAAAAGCUGUAUGUACAAGAGGGUGUGAGAAAAGAGUGUUGCUUGUGAUGUAACCCAAUGGAGAACGCAUGUGUACUUGUGAAAUUAAUUUUAAAUAGAGCAAAAUUUCUUUCGAAGUGGGCAUA